GAGAUCAGUGAAUUGGCAAUAUGGCUGAAUUUUCAGGUCCUCAAAAUGGAAAAGGACCAGAUCCCGUGCAAAUAACGCUGCAGAGGAAAGCAGAGAUGAAAGCGAAAGGAAAGUUUUUCCCUCCUGAGCAAUAUGGAUCGCUGAUACGGGAUCCAGCCUUCGAACGGUGGGGCUCGAUGCGAGAAAAUACCCAACAGCAUUUUAAGUUUCGUUCAAGAACCAUCUUCCUUGGCGUUAUGUGGUGUGCAGUCAUUCCUGGCGCAUAUUUCCUCUUUUUGAAAUGGGAACGGAAACGAAAACACUUCUUGACAGGAAAGACUCCGCAGGAACAUUUAGGAGAAACAGACUGAAUAUAUGUAAAUAUACGUUGCUUUGGUCAUUCCAACUUGUUGGGAAAGUUCUGAUAAUUUAUUUAACAAGUUUUUGUACCUUUCCUGCAUAUUCUGUAGCUAUUGUUGAACUAAAUGGUUUUUGAAUGUUA